AUGUUAUUGUUUUGUUUUUGUAAUUAAAAAAUGGAGCACGCGGUGGAUACCGAUUCGGAAGACGUUGCACCCCAAGUGGAAAUCAAAUGCAGCGUUGCGCUGAAACCGUCGGCAAACACGGCUAUAAAGUGCCUGAAAUGCGACAAGGUGUACAUUUUUCCCGCCGACAAAGACGACUGCCUGGCGCAUCUGUAUCUUGAGCAUCGCCUGGUGAUCGCUGAUGUGGAGGACAUCGCUCUACUGGAGGAUUACUUGCAAUACUGGGAAAAGGAGUUUCAUGGCCAUGAAUUCGAGCAAUACUGCACGACAAUGUUUCUGGAUCAGCUGCCCGAUGGAACAUAUGCAAGAAAUGAGAAAUACUAUUUGCUCUGUGAUAUACUGCCGCAAGACUACGAGCUGCGCAAGCGACUGCGGGAACAACGACUGAAAACCGCCCUAGAGCGCCACCAUUUUGAGCUGACGGACCGCAACUUUUCGAAGGAGUGUCUUUUCUGCAGAACCGUGAUCAAGGGCCUCAGGGCCGACUAUUUGGAUCAUUUGUUUGACAAGCACUUUCUGCUGGUGGGCAAGCCCGAGAAGUUGGUCUACGUCGAUGAGCUGCUAGACCAGCUGGAAGCCAACUUGAACCAAUUGGUUUGCCUGUACUGCGAGAAGAUCUUUAAGGAUCGAACCACGCUGAAGGAGCAUAUGCGCAAGAAGGGACACAAGCGCAUCAAUCCCAAUCGCCAGGAGUACGACAAGUACUUCCUAAUCAAUUACAAUCGCGCGCCGGUGCCCACACCUCGAAAGCAGCAGCACCGGAAACGACGACAGACCUCCGGAUCCGUACCCGCAGACGUGGAAAAUAUCAGCGUGGAUUUUGAUAAGCACUUUGCUCGUCCAGACUCGGAGGGGGAGCAUGAUUCAGACUGGUCGGACUGGGCCGGUGAUGGCGAGCCACAUUCACUCAAGUGUCUCUACUGUCCGCACCUCGGCGAACACUUUGCUGGCCUUAAAGAGCACAUGAUCGAUGCCCAUAGCUUGGAUUUCGAUGUUGCCACCAGUGCACUGAACUUCUAUCAGCGUGUCAAGGUGGUCAACUAUGUACGCCGCCAGCUGUGCAUGCGUCGCUGCAUUAGCUGUGACCUCCAUUUUGAUGAGCUCGACUUGCUAACCGAACACAUGGCUCAGGAGUCGCAUUGCGGCAUCGGCGAGCGAUCCAGCUGGGACAAGCCAGAGUUCUUCUUUCCGUACAUGGAAAACGAUGGCCUGUUGUGUGUGCUGGACGAUUCAACGGGAGAUGAGCCCGAUGCCGAUGUGGUUCGCAUCAUAUCCGAGGACAGUCUGGCGCAAAUCAACAAGGAUGCGGAGUCGUUGUCUUUAGAGAAUUUCAAGUUGUAACCGAAUGUUUAAUUUAAUUGUACAAUAAUAGUAGUUUCAUUUCA